AUGUUAAUUGUUUUAUUUAUUGGUUAUUCAUUUGGAAAUUUAACUCCUUUAUCAGAAUGUAAAACAGCUGACAUUACUUAUUAUGAAGGAUAUGAUACUGACUCUGUUGCAUGUCAUUUAGGUACUGAUAAUUUAGAUACAAUGUUUAGAGCUGCACCAAAUGAAGCGUUUUACCUUUCCAGUCAACAAUGUGGAAUUUGCUAUGAAGCAGUUGGAGAAAAAGGGUCAAUACGAUUUAUGGUAACAGAUUUAUGUCCUGCUAAUGGUAAUUCAGAUUGGUGUGCUUCAGAUAAAACACAUUUUGAUUUAGCUGCUAACGCAUUUCCAAAAAUUUGUGAGAAAGAUACAGGGCAUUGUGACAUUACAUACAGGAUGGUUGCUUGUGACGUGACAGGAAAUGUAAAAUUAUUAACAAAAGAAGGGGUGAGUGAAUAUUGGUUAGGUUUUUAUGUAAGAAAUUAUGUCAUUGGAUUAAAAGGGGUGAAAAUAUCAUUUGGUUCAACUAAUCAAGAACUAACAAGAACAUCUAAUUAUUGGGCAUAUCAAGCAACAAAUGGCAAUCCAAUAACAACCCCAAUCACAAUUACUUUAACUUCUAUUGCAGGUGAUACUGCAACAAUUAUAAUGAAUGAUAUUGUAUCAAAUAAAAUUUAUGAAGGAAAUAAUCAAUUUAGUAUCCCUGAUAACACCUUUUUUGAGCCAACAACACUUACUAAAAUAAACAAACCAUCUUCUUCUUUGGAAUGUUGUCCAUUACCAUCUUUUGAUAUUAUCUUUACAGAUUCAUUCCACUCUUUUUGGACAUACACUAACAAAAAUUCUGUAACAAUUGUUCAAAACAAUGCUCAUUCAGGAAGUUCUGCUCUUAAAGCUUCAUUAUCUGCUUGGGGAAAUUUCCAGAUAUUAGCUAAUUCUCAUACUGUUUUAGUUGAUAUUUAUGACUCUGUUGAAUUCUACAUUAAGUCUAAUGCCAAUGCAGAAUUUUGGUUCUGGGCUUUUGGAAAGACUGAUGCUUCCGCUAAAACUAUUACUACUACAACUGAGUGGCAAAAAGUUAGCUUUAAAAUGACCGAAAUCGGUAAUGAUGGAACUACUUUUGGAGGAAUUGAGUUCCAAAGUAAAACCAAUGGUAACAUUGAUUUUUAUCUUGACGACAUUAAAUUAAUUUUAAAAGAAGGCAGUUGUAAUCAAAUGUGUUCUGACCAUACUCCUUCUAAUUGUUCUACAAUUAUUCCAGAUAAUAAUGAUAACAGUCAUGAUGGAAGUGUAGCAUUAGUAAUAGUUAUUCUUAGUGUUAUUAUCACUUUCUUCAUUUAA